GAGAUAGAUAGAUAGAAGUGCCAGCAGUCUACACUUUCUCUUUAGAUCAAUUCAGGAGAUGUUGGAAACAGAGGAAGAAUUUCUUCUAGAUUGUACUACUACUGCAACAAUGGAAACAGGUGUAAAGGUGGAAUCAUCAUCAUCAAUAUUGGAGUCGUCUUCCAAUGAUACUUCUAUGAUGAUGAGUAUGAUGAGGAAGAAGAACAAUAAAAAGAAGAAAAGAUUUAGUGAUGAGCAAAUCAAAUCAUUGGAAUCUAUGUUCGAAACAGAAACCAAGUUGGAACCUAAGAUGAAACUUCUGCUGGCUAAGGAGUUAGGACUGCAGCCAAGACAGGUUGCGAUUUGGUUUCAGAACAGGAGGGCUAGAUGGAAGUCGAAGCAGCUUGAAAGAGAUUACAACAUUCUGAAAGCUAGUUAUGAUGAUCUUGCUUCUAAAUUCGAGAACUUGGAGAGCGAAAAACAAGCCUUGAUCAAACAGUUGCAGAAGCUAAGUGAUCUGGUGGGUAAGCCUAGAGAAGACAGCAGCUGCUGCGGUUUGGGUUUAGCUGGAAACAACAGCAGUAUGGAUGGUGAUUCUGACAAUGGAGACACCAAAUACAAAUUUGAAAAGAAACCAGAGCUAUCAGUGGAAGGAGGAGAUGGACUGGAUUUUAGACUUGAUCCUUGUUCAGAGGAUGAACACAGCAAGGAACUAGAGUAUUUCGGGCAAGAUGAAGAACAUGAUCCAAUGAACAUUGGGGAGCCAACAUAUGGAAUUUUAUCAUCGUCAGAAGACUGGGGUAGUCUCGAUGAUUCUACGGGUCUAUUUGAUCAAUCAUGUAGUGGCAAUUCACAGUGGUGGGAAGUCUGGCCUUGAAAAGAUGCUCUGUAUAAUUUUUAGCGAAAACAACUUCUACCUGACAGGCUAAUGGAGGCAAUAAGCAUGUCAGAAAAAGAAAAUUUCAGAUCACCAGCUGUUGAAGUUUCGAAGAAGUAAGAGGGCCAAUAAUCUUAGCUUGGGAGAAAAAUGCAAUCACACAAAAAUUCAGAAGCUCCACGAGAUUCAGAAAAGGAGAUUCAAUCCUUAUUCUUAACCAAAACUUCUUCCACCUUUCUAACAAGGAAACAAAAGCAUCACAGGGUAGGAAAAGAACGCUAGAACACCCAAAGGCAAAAGGAAACCAUGACAUAAAACGUAACCCAACACCAUAUGUACAGACUUGUAUGAGUAUGAACGCACAUAGUGAGGAUUGCACUUGUACCCUAGGACAGACAUCAAAGCAUGUGACACAAACCUCAUUCUGGACUUUGUGUAUCAGUUUGUUUUCAGGUUUUGUAAGGUUGUGUAGUUAUCGUACCUAUAGUUCAUAAAUAAAAAUAAAAAGCAAGAUAAUAGUUAGAGUGAUACA